GUUUAUUUAUUUAUUUUGUAUUUACGUGUUGGUUUACAGAUAAAACCAAAUCAGGCUUUAUAUAAAAUCGGAUAAAUUCGGAAUAUUUGAUGAAAUAUUCCUUUUUUAUGCCGUGCAGCUGAUUUGCAUAGAGACACGACUCCACUCUCUGAUUGGCCGAGCGCCCUGUCAAUCUAUGACGCAGCGUCCAAUCACAGCGGGCGCAGACGCCAUGUUGUGUCUCCGGGGGCCCGGGAACGACGUCCGGUAGUAAACAGUAGAUGACGUUGGGAGACGGACCGCAGCUGCCAUGAGCCGUCCGUCCUCAGCCGGAGCCGGAGCCGGAGCCGGGGGUGGAGGACUCGGGUCCGGGGCCGGGGGUGGAGGACUCGGGGCCGGAGCCGGGGGUGGAGGACUCGGGUCCGGGAAAGCAGGCGGAGGAAAGGGUUCGGGGGGCGCCGCUGCCGCCGCCGCCACCACCGCAGCAGCAGCAGCAGCGGCCGCCGCAGCAGCGGCAGCAGCGGCCGCCGGUGUGUGCUCUGUGGCCGCGUCCGGCUCCGCUGCCCCUUCCUCCGCUGCGUCCCUCAUCUCGGUCGGCUUGCCCGGACAGUCCCCGGAGCUCACGGCGCUGUUCGAGUGUCCGGUAUGCUUCGACUACGUCCUGCCGCCCAUCCUGCAGUGCCAGGCGGGUCACCUGGUCUGCAACCCGUGCCGCCAGAAGCUGAGCUGCUGUCCGACCUGCCGAGGCCCGCUCACCCCGAGCAUCCGGAACCUGGCCAUGGAGAAGGUGGCCUCCACGCUGCCGUUCCCCUGCAAGCAGUGUGUGUGUGUGUGUUCGAUGCUGUGUCCGGCCUCCUGCCUGCCCCUCCUCAGGGAGCUGGCUCAGUGGCGCUGCCUGCUGGGCUGGCACCGCCACCACCACGGAGUCGGUUCAGCUAGCGCCACAGGGCUAACCGCUAACGCAGGACAGCAGCAGCAGCAGCAGCAGCAGCAGGGGUUGGAGGUCAGGGGCCGAGCCGGUCGCCCUGUCGGCCGCACCAAACCGCUGCCGGGCAGCCAGUACUCGUCGGCCGGCUGCCUGCUGACUCUUCACCACAGCGAGAAGCCCGAUCACGAGGAGGUGUGCGAGUUCAGGCCAUACACCUGUCCGUGUCCCGGAGCUACCUGCAAGUGGCACGGCUCGCUGGAGGCCGUCAUGCCGCACCUGAUGCACGCGCACAAGUCCAUCACCACGCUGCAGGGAGAGGACAUCGUCUUCCUGGCGACGGACAUCAACUUGCCGGGCGCCGUUGACUGGGUGAUGAUGCAGUCGUGUUUCAGCCACCACUUCAUGCUGGUCCUGGAGAAGCAGGAGAAGUACGAAGGCCACCAGCAGUUCUUCGCCGUCGUGCUGCUCAUCGGCACCCGCAAGCAGGCCGAGAACUUCGCCUACCGCCUGGAGCUCAACGGCAACCGGCGCCGGCUCACCUGGGAGGCCACGCCGCGCUCCAUCCACGACGGGGUGGCGGCCGCCAUCAUGAACAGCGAUUGCCUGGUGUUUGACACCUCCAUCGCGCAUCUGUUCGCCGACAACGGCAACCUGGGGAUCAACGUCACCAUCUCCAUGUGCUGAGCGGGGGAGCGGCGUUAACGGCAGUCACACAGAGGACGCCACAACGGAGACACAACACAGGAUCAGUGUGGGAGGCGUUGAGCUCACCUUCUGACUCGUGUUGAGCGUUUACAGGGACGUCCUGUGGUGGUGCAACAUUUGAAGCUGCUGAGAGACAACUUCUCAAAUAAUCGCCACGGAAAGGCGAGCGCCGCCCUGAGUAAUGUCUGUUUGGGGCACCGGAGGAAAAGAGGAAGAGGAGAGCAUCAGGCAGAUCGGGCCUGCUGCUUCAGCCGCCGCCUGUCCACGGCGGGACAUCUGGACGCCGGGUUUUAUUCUUUUCCGCAACACGAGCCUCCGUCGGCCUCAUCAGACUCCCUGUCGGCCCGACUUGUUCUCAAUAUUCUGAUCUUUGCAGGGAAACGUUGGUGUUCGUCAGCUGACCUGUAACUGGGUUAGAGGAGGCAGCAGACACACUUUCAAUCCUGUAAAAUGUUCUUCUCUGUGUGAAUCCAUUCUUAAAGAAACUAAUCUGAGGGGCUGCUGGCAGUUACAGUGAAGCAGAAUAAUGUGAACUCGCAUCCUCAUCUACUUAGUGCUUUAAUGAGCCGGGCUGAGCGGGAGGUUGCUGGUUCAAAUCCCCGCCGCGGUCUGUAGGACGGGGACUGACCGCGCUCUUCGGCAGACUCGUCUCACAUUUUUGGAGGUCGGCGUUCGACCUUCGCUGAGCUGUUAAUCCUUGAUUCUUCUUUAAUCUCAGAUAAAAGCAGCGAAAUGGAGGAGUAAUCCGCCUGUUCAGCCGCCAGCGCCUUACUUUUCUACCGCCAACCUCUUCUUCCUGUUCAGGCUCAUCCUGCCCGGGGAGCUCCAGCUGGGACGCUUCACCACAGAGACACAAAGGACGGACAUUUUAAAAGAAGAAGGACAUUCCUCGUCUCUAAACCUUUGUAGCGCCUGACCAGGAAGAAACCGACUUCACUGCAUACCUCUGACCACAGACACGUCUGUAAGUGAACCGCUAACCCCUCAGACCUCGGCGGUGUUUCCUCCUCCGUCACCCCCGAUGGAGACGACGUGAAGUUUAACGACAGUAAAUCGGAUAAAUUUCAAAGACUCAUCUGCCUCCGCAGCCUGCACUGUAACAGAAGCUAGUUGUGCGUUCACACUGCAGGAAGCUCUCGCCAAAUGUUCGUCGGCCUCUUGCUUGGUCUCUCUCUUCUUAGCUUCCUCUUCAGUCUCUUCACCUCUGCUGUUAGCUAACGUUACGUCCGGUUGUGUUGCCCGCUCGCUCGCUCGCUCGGCGGCGGCCGCAGCAGCAUGAUGUUGCUUGAAACUUGUAGUGGCGAGUUAGCCAACAAAGCUAAUCAGCAACAGACGCAGGAGCACUUAAUGUUACAGAUGUCAGAAUCCUUCGAAGUAGCUCACAAUGCACACAGUAUAAGCUUUGCUGCAAGAUAAUAUUACUACAUAAUGUUGCUUUAAAGAGUAACUUUGGUUUUUAACCUGAGCGAGCGAGCGCGCUACAGUGAAACAGGGCUGCAACGUAAUCCUUCUGUCAAAAAGUUUAUUUUUGCUGCUUUUAUUGUUAUUACAAGUUUUUAACAUUAUGGGAAGGAUCCCUACAGAGAGAGACAAUUAUAUAAAGAUCCUUUUUGUUUAAACAAACAGUUUCUAUAUCGCUUUUGUCAAAGCCGCCAGACUCCAUUAAAACAAAAAGUAAUUUUAUCUCACUGCCUCGAUUAGUGUUUGUGUUAUUGUGUUACUUUGGUGUUUGUAACCCUUUAAAACACCAAAAUAACAACUAACCGACUGAGGCAGAGGUCGACCAGCAGCCCCUGUGUUCUGAGGUAGAACUUCUGUUUUUGUGAAGGGAAUCUGGCCAGAGUUUGACAGCAAGACAGAAAGGAUCCCUACAGAGAGAGAGACCUUUUCUUAAAGAGCAAGUUCCUUUUUGUUGAACCAGAAACAGUCACUAUGUUUGACCUUAUUAUUCACUUAGAUGCAGAAACACAGGAAAGGGUCCAGAUUGAAACAAAGGUUCCCUUUAGAUCAGAUUGGCUGCAGUGUGAACGCACACCGCUAUUUUCACUGAAUAAUAAACAGAGGAAACGCAGCUCUAUGAUAAUCACACUUCCACUUUACAACCCGCCGACUUUCUACGAAAUGUUUUAGAAUAUAUGUAAAUGAAGAAAUAAUGAUGUAUAUUUUCUAGAAACAAAGACAUGAUUUUGUUUGAUCGUUUCGCUGUUUUCGGGUGUUUCUGGCAUUUGUUGUUAAUUCUGUUGCUGCAUUGUCUCACCUCAACAUCUGUACUGAUACACCAGAAGGACGGAGAAGGAAACCAGGGACUCGCAUCAUAAACUACUGCUCACAUUUUCCAAAACGUGAAGAGAGGUGAAGCUGGAGGUGCGUUCAAGUCCUGCACGGACAUGAAACACUCCUGGUUGACCAUCAAAAGCGCCUACAUUAGUGCAAAAGAAGAACUCGUUGUUUGAUUUAAACUCAAAAGGUAAAACAAGCCUGUGGGCAUUAAAAAAAACUGAAGCUAGGACUCCCAUGGUGCAUUUCACUAACAAACGUCCAAUCACGGAGCUUCACAUUCGUUUAAAUCCGCCUCUGACGGUGAGCUGAAGCUAAAAACAACACCUGUCAUUUAUUUAGUAACUAAUACCUUCACAGCAAGAGCAGCUGAGGCUCAUGGGUAUUGUAGUAUUUAAAGUAAUCCACAAAACAACUUGACACAAAUUAUUAAAUCUGAUGAUCAGAACAAUAUUAUAUAAUUAAUUAUGUUAUACGUGGUUAACACUUUUUUACAAGUCUGUUAUUUCUGGAUAAUUUCCACUCAUUUAGUUUGUCUACGGGAAAGAAAACAAGUUAACAUGUACAUUUCCAGGAAUUAAUGAAUAUUUACUUGAGUUUUGACUUUUAAGGAAAUUUGUAUUUAGCACCAAAUCCCAGCGUUCUUUACAGCAAACGUAUUUUUAAUUAUUAUUCAGAAAAUAAAGACCUCUAAAAUACCAGUGUUACAAAAACAUUGUUUAGCUUUAAGAAGAUUUUCCUCAUUAAUAUGUGAAGGUAGGGCAGAGCGAUGAUUACCAGGAUAAAUGUUAAAUCAUUAUUUCUUUCAGAUUAAAAGCAUGAUUUUUGCUCCCGAGUGAAAGUUGAAGAAACCAGAUGGUUAAUUCAGAACAAACACUUGAUGCCAAACGGUGGAUCACUUCACAAUCUGAGGCAGAACAUUCAGAACUAUUCUCGUAAAAUCUUUUUUUCGUCAACAAAAUAAACAUCUUAAUAGAAAAAAUAAGUGCUGAUUCAUUUGUGAUUCAAAUAAAUUAAACAUUCUUUAAAACAUGUUUUAUUGUUAAGAAUAAAUAUAUGGUGAAAGUUAGUUUUAUUGGCCAGCUCUAUGUGAAGGUGAUCAGCUCGGUUAGCAUCUGACGAGCGACUGGUGUCGUCACAGUUUUCAUCGUUGAUCUGUGUUCUGCUCAGUUCUGUGAUGAUUAUAUAAUAAAUUGGUGCAGUUUUCUAUA